CCGAAGAAGAACUGACGCCUUUGAAUUGUGAUGUUGGCAAAGAAUACUGAAUAUACCAUGGACUGCAAAAAGAAUGAAGAAAUCUGUCUUAGAAGAAGAACAACCAGAAUGCUCCCUAGAAGCAAGGAUGGCGAGACUGCGUCUUACAUACUUUGCACAGGUUGUCAGGAGGGAUCAGUCCCUGGAGAAGGACAUCAUGCUUGGCAGAGUACAGGGUCAGCUGCAAAGAGGAAGACCCUGAACGAGGUGGAUUGACACAGUGGCUUCAACAAUGAGCUCAAGCAUAACAAUGAUUGUAAGGAUGGCUCAGGGCUGGGCAGUGUUUCCUUCUGUCGUGGAUAGGGUCGAUAUGAGUCAGAGUGGACUCCACGGCACCUAAGAACAACACAACAGGAAAUUAAUACACCUGGAAACUUGUUAAAAUGCAGAUUCUGGUUCAGUAGAGGCAGUCUACCGAGCCUGCAUGUCUAACAAGCUUCCAGGUGAGGCUGAUGCUGCUACUCAUGGAUCACACUCUGAGGAGCAAGGAACUAGAUGAUUCUAUCUCAGAGAUAUGUGUGUAGAAAGAGUGGUGCUUGGUAUGGUAGUUAUCAUUAGGGAUUAGUUUGCUAACUUGGAAGGAUGGACAGAGGUGGAAAGAAUGACUGCAUUUUUAAUCCUUUGACUAUUCAGCUGAACCUAAUCUAUUGACAAAAUACAGGCUUUUAUUUAUUGUAUGUGUCAAAUACAAUACUUGUAUUUAUGUUUAUUCAUUAAAAAUUUAAAAUCUGUAGUAGUGCUGCUGGUUGAUGAUGUGUAUUCUUUUUGUAAUGUAUUACUCUUCUUUUCACUUUCUUGACAGUCACGCCAGCUACCUGGAACCAGGAAACCACACAGAGGUUUUAGAAUUUAUUCUCCUUGGACUCUCAGAAGUGGAAGAACUGCAAUCCCUUCUUCUUGGGCUGUUCCUGUCCAUGUACCUGGUCACAUUUAUUGGGAACCUUCUCAUCAUCUUGGCCACCAUCACAAGCUCCCAUCUCCACACUCCCAUGUACUUUUUCCUUGCCAACUUUUCCUUUGUAGAUAUAUGUUUCACCUCCACCACUAUCCCAAAGAUGCUGCUGAAUAUCCGCACCCAUAACAAAACCAUCACCUAUCAAGGCUGCCUUUCCCAAAUGUAUUUUUUCUUCCUUUUUGCAGAGUUAGAUAGUUUUCUCCUUUCUAUAAUGGCCUAUGACCGGUUUGUGGCCAUCUGUUACCCACUGCACUACACAGUCAUCAUGAAUCCCAGACUCUGCGGCUUGCUGCUUCUGUUGUCCUGGAUAUUGAGUGGUCUGGACUCUCUGGUACAUGGUUUGUUAGUGUUGCAACUGUCCUUCUGUACUAACUUGGAAAUUCCCCACUUCUUCUGUGAAAUCAAUCAGGUUAUUCAACUUUCCUGUUCUGACACCCUCCUCAGUGUCAUAGAGAUGUAUUUUACAACUGUGGUAGUAGCCAUUAUUCCCCUCACUGGUAUCAUAUUUUCGUAUUCUCGGAUUGUCUCUUCCAUACUGCGAAUUACAUCAGCAAGGGGGAAAUAUAAGGCAUUUUCCACUUGUGGGUCUCACCUUUCAGUUGUUUCCCUGUUUUAUGGUACAGGCCUUGGGGUCUACCUCAGUUCUGCCACUACCCAAAAUUCCAGGGCCAGUGCAAUAGCCUCAGGGAUGUACACCAUAGUCACACCCAUGUUGAAUCCCUUUAUCUACAGCCUGAGGAACAAGGACAUAAAAGGGGCAUUGAAAAGUCUUGUUGGGAUUGUCAUUUUAAAUGAGUGA